GUCUUCCGGCGCAAGGACAUGGGCGCGACGGUCAUGGGCACUUGGCUGCGGGAGGACGCGCAGCACCUCCAGGCCGACCACCUGCCCCACCUCGCCGUGUCGCGUCGGGCAUUCCAGCAGGCGAUUCGCCAGUCGGGAAUGCCGCCCCGGGCCGAGGUGGCACACCCUGCAAGGGCUCGAUUUGGUGCGGGGUGCGUCAUGGUCUUCCUGCCGAAGAAGCCCAUCUCGACGCGCGCAGAUGGGACUGCGGCCUACCCGGCAGGCACCGUGCGACCGCUAAACCUGGCGAGCACCGACAAUCUCAUCCCAUGCAGCGCGGUUCGCCUGCGCGCUGAACCGUUAAUCGAAGCUAGUAUCUCUUCAGAGCAGCGCGGCUUCCUGAGCGGACGGCCCAUGCUGGCUAACAUCGUCGGCAUCGAGGAGGGGGCGCUGGCAGACGCCUGCCUUGAAGACAUCCCAUUGGCGAUCUUUCUGGACAUUGAAGCGGCGUUCCCGAGCCGCGACCAGUCGCUGCUCCAGCGCGUCCCAGCGAAGUUGGGCUGGCCCGUUUGGUUCCAGCGCUUUGCGGCCAUCUUCGGCUCCAGAGAUUAUUGCCGCCUCUCCCUCUGCGGGUCUACGGGCGCCGGCUUCGGCAUCGCCGCGGGGGUUCGACAGAG